AUGGCCAACCCCCGCAUUGAAGAGCUCCCCGACGAGCCCGAGAAGAAGAACGUCCAGAUCGAGGAGGAUGAGUCCAGCGACGAGUCUGAGGGCGAGGAGGGCGAGGUCAGCGUGCCCGCGGGCUCCUCCGUCGCUGUCCACUCCCGCAACGAGAAGAAGGCUCGCAAGGCCAUCGCCAAGCUCGGCCUGAAGCACAUCGAUGGCAUCACACGCGUCACCCUCCGCCGACCGAAGAACAUCCUCUUCGUCAUCAACCAGCCCGACGUCUACAAGUCCCCUUCAAGCAACACCUGGAUCAUCUUCGGUGAGGCCAAGAUCGAGGACCUCAACUCCCAGGCUCAGGCUUCCGCCGCCCAGCAGCUUGCUCAGGCCGAGGCCGCAUCCCACGACCACGCCGGCCACGACCACGGCGACGAGGCCAGCAAGGGCAAGGGCAAGGCUGUCGAGGACAAGAAGGACGAGGAGGAGGAGGAGGAUGACGAUGAGGAGAUUGACGACUCUGGCCUUGAGGCCAAGGACAUCGAGCUCGUCAUGCAGCAGGCCAGCGUUUCGCGGAAGAAGGCCGUCAAGGCCCUCAAGGAGAACGACAACGAUAUCGUAAACUCCAUCAUGGCGCUGAGCAUAUAG